AUGGACUCUUUCGCUAUUACAGAGGGUCUUGCUGCCCAAGAGCAACAAGAUGCUGUGCCAGAAGUCUCUGCUAAGCUGUCUGAGGAGACCAAUAAGUUCCAGCGUGCUAUUGCUGCUUGGCGUGGAAUUGACCUAGCCAACACGAUCGCUAAACUUGAUACAACUGCCUCCGAGAUCGUUGAACACCAGCGGGAUUCUCUUGUCCAAAGGAAAGAUGUAGCGCAAAGGACCAAAGACUUUAAGAAGUUGGAGGACGAGGCUAAACUUACCGAAUAUAAGGGGCUGUUAAAGGCCUAUCAAUCCUUCAUCGACGUUCUAACGAACCAGGGAAAGUCUUCUUCAUCGUCAUUCCUCCAAUUGUACUCCUCGUUGUCCGAAGCUCCCGACCCUUACCCUCUCCUCGAAGCCUCCGUGGAUUCCUUAGUACUUUCCGAAGAAACAGUUCCCAAACUCACAUCCGAGAGGGAUCAGUUGCAACAAUCUGUUGAUCGUCUUACUCGUCAGCAAGAGGAAACUGAGAAGCGCCUUCAAGAAGAACGAAGCGCACGGAAGAAGCUGGAGGAUAAUCAAGAGGCCCGAGCUAAGGAAAUCGAGGCCUCCUGGGAAGCCGUAUUGACGGAGAAGACGAACAACUGGACCGCGAAAGAGAAGAGCUUGGAAGAGAAAGUGGAGAAUCAGGACCGCUUGAUAAAGGAGCUCAAGGCAAGCUACGAGGUUUCCCAGCGCCUAGGCGAGGAUGAAGACAAUGAUGGCGCCCGAAGUGGUGCGACUGCUGCGGAGCUAGAACUUGUUUCUGCUGAUUUGGAGAAGACCAGCUUGCGGUUGGCAGACGUGGAAGCACGGAACGAGCAACUACGCCUAGAAUUAGCCCAGGCUGUGUCUCACUCGCACACCGAUCAACCAGUAUCUGUUGAGGACGACCCCGCAUACCAGCGCUUGCAAUCGGAGAACUUAUCUUUACUGCGCAAGCUUGAUGCUGCACGCUUCGAUAAAGAUUCAACACGACACACCUGGGAGGGCAAGCUCCAUCAGGCUGAGCGAAAUGCAUCAAAGGCGUCAACAGAAAGAGACGAGCUUCGUUCUCGCUUGGAUAAAUUCUCGGACUACGAUGAAAUCCGUCGUGAGCUGGAAAUGAUAAAAUCCAUUGAGUUGACGGCAGGCGACGAUGAUGAUGUGGACGAGACUCCGGCUGAGAACGCAGUCAACACCAAUGGUGACGCUACGAAGACAAAUGGAAAGAACUCUCUAGAGCAACUUCUCCUAGCUCGGAAUAAGAAAUUAAAUGAUGAACUGGCUGUGCUGCGAGUGUCUUCACGUGACAUUCAAGGACAGCUUGAAGCUAUGCGCAGCGAGCUUUCGACAACAAAGGAAGAGCUUGAAAAAUCUCGAGGUCUAUCUAGUACACUAGAAAAUGAUCUCCUCCGUGUCCAGCAGGAGGCUGCGAAUGCAUUCCCAUCCUCGGCCAUGUCUGUAGCGGGUACUUACUCGUCUCGUGCAUCCGCAAAUACCAUGGAUGCUAUUCGUGCAGGAGAAGCCGUGGGCGGUGGCUCCGGCCUUCUUCCCAUGAUUCAGGCCCAGCGGGAUCGAUUUAAGAAGAAGAAUUCAGAGCUUGAAGAGGAGCUGUCCAAGCUGUACGGCACUGUCAAAACACUGAGACAGGAAGUUGCUACGCUGCAAAAGGAUAACUUGAGUCUCUAUGAGAAGACUCGAUAUGUUUCUACCUACAGCCGCGGUCAGGGUGCAUCUACAUCCGCUUCUUCGUUUGCAAAUGCGCCUAGUUCAACAUCUGUAUAUGCCUCCUCGGAUUCACCGUCAGGGCUGUCUAUGGAUCGAUACCAGUCAGCUUACGAGGCCCGGAUAUCGCCAUUCGCUGCUUUCCGAGGUCGUGAAUCAGCCCGUGCAUACAAGCGUAUGAGCUUGCCCGAGCGGAUAGUGUUCUCACUAACCCGUAUCAUCAUGGCCAACAGAACCAGUCGAAACUUAUUCGCUGGCUACUGCUUUGCUCUUCAUAUUCUACUCUUUGUUGUUCUUUACAUGAUGAGCACAGUCGAGAUGGAGAAACAUAGUGCCAUGAGUGCCGUCGGCAAUGCUGCAGCUGCAGCUUAUGCUAAUAGUGGGUCUGGAAGUGGUAUGGGCAGCGGCAGUGGAAAUAGCCAGCUGCAAGCCGAUGACUGGCAGCAAGAGGGCUUUAAUCAAGCGAUUUAA